CUCCGACUUAGUGAAUGAAUUGUUGGUGCUGAAUCCUUUUUUAUUAAAAAAAUAAUAAUACUUAGUAAAUUGGGGUCGAAAUCAAGCCACAUUACCCAACUAUUCGACAUAUUUCAUCUGAAAGCAUGGCUCCUAAGGAUUAUUUGGCUGAGAAAGGUAUUUAUUUACUUUUGCUAACUUAGCUAUCUACUAACAGUAGGUCGCUUGAGACACUAGGCACUUUUUUUUCUCGAGUAUAUGGAGGCUAGUACUGUAACACAACAUAUUUGCUAUUAGCGUGCUCACUCGCAUAACUACGUCUGAGCAACAAGUGACGUAAGCCAUGCUAUUGGACUUUGGAAUCACUAAAUAGCUUGCUAACCAACUAACAUUUGAUUUUAUUAGCGACAGUAUAGCAUACGUUUUUAGGGUACGUUGGGGUUGAGUAGCUAGCUAGCUAAUCAAAGUAUCUCUGAAUACUCAGCCAAGAAGCCAACUGAAUAUUAGUUUAUAAUAUAGCUAACUAGUUGUACUAAACAUCUAAGCUUGGUCGUCCCGUGCACAACAUUAUCUGGCUACUUGUGAAGUUGUUUCAGCAAUUAAAAAAUUAGGGCAAAUAGACUUGUUGGGUAUGGCGUGCAUGUUCGCUUCAGUUUUAAGUAACCCGGAUGGAACUCAUGAGGACAAAGAAUUACGCGCGAGGAGCACAUGGUUCAGGGGCAGAGAAAGAUAAUGCAGGAUUUACUCUGAUAAUGAACGAUAGAACUGACCAAUACUACAAAAGUGAUUGAAUUAGUUAAAGAGAAAUGUUAACUCAAUUUUGUACAUAACAUUUCAAUUGAAAAAGUGCAAUGGAAUAAAUGGCUUGCCAGUGGCUAGUUAGCAAUCCACACGCAUUUUCGCCAUAUGCUUCUCAUCCGCGGGAGAUGGCUAUUCUUUGUUGCAGGCAGCUGCAGUAUGGGCGUGAUGUUUAUCCGGUCCUAGCUAUCUAGGUAAUAUAUUUAGUUUGCUGCUAAAUAGUGUAUCUAUUGUUGGUCUAAAGUCCAGUGUAACUUUACAGUGAAUUCGGCAAAUCAACAAACUGGUCCUGAAACCGAGUCAUGCUUUGAAGCCAUAGCUAACGCAAUCCCCCAGUUUAGUUGGGACUAUUUUACGACCGAGGGAAAGCGGCGGAUUGCUCGUAGUGACCAGGCUAAAAGCCAUGUGCUGUUCUGUUUACAAAAUUAUUGCGAAUACAGAAUGUUGAAGAGGUUGUGAUUUUGGGCUCGAAUGAAAAGUAAGUGAAAUAACUACGCAUAUUGUGUAGGUACAGACAGGUGUAACUCAGUUGGUAGAGCAUGGCGCUUGCAACGCCAGGGUUGUGUGUUCGUUUCCCACGGGGGGCCAGUAUGAAAAAACAAUUUAAAAAUGAAUGCACUCACUAACUGUAAGUCGCUCUGGAUAAGAGCGUCUGCUAAAUGACUUAAAUGUAAAUGUUUGUUUUGAGGUGUCUAAAAUCCAGACGCGUCUCCUAGUAUAGUUCAAAUUUUUGGGAGAAAUGGGGGUUAUUUUCACCAACAUUGACAGCGAUUUGGUUGUUGGCGUGAGCUGCAAACCAAACCUGUAACAUUACAUCAUUGUUGUAAAGGUUUGGGCGCAUUUAUGUUUUAUGGACCAAUCUUUAGCACCAAAAUAAAAAAUGAUUUAUUUUAAUAUUUUGCCAGCCCUACUUUGAACAUAUAAAAUUAGCUUAACUGGAUAAUAUCCCUAUUAUCUAUUGCUUAGUCCAAAUGCCCUCUGCCCCUCGGACCAUCUUUAGCCACCUGCACCCCAUAGAAAAACAUUUUGCGACUGAAAGCGAAAAUGAGCAUUUUCUUAUUGCACAAGUUAGUCCCUCCCUGUUUUAGCCAGUGUUCUUCAGUUGGUGCCCUCAGACCAUCUUUAGUUUCUUCGUGGUUCUCCACCUAUCCUUGAUGUUGAUGGAUGUUCGGCCAACAAAGGGGAAAGAGGACUUUACUCUGGCCCAUUGACUCUCUCCAUGGCGCCUCACUCCCUCCUUCACCCACUCUCUCCUCUGCUGUCCACAUCCUCUUCCAGCCUCUUCCAGUAGGGACAGUACUUUAAUGUAAGAAAUCGUUAUCUGUGGGAUGCGAUGUUACCCAACAAAGGGGGUUGUCGAAGGACCACAAAUUAGGUCGCAGUAUGUAGGCCCUUGACUACCAUGCUGUUGAUGGCAAUUGGAAAACUUUCACAAAAAAAUACAGCUCAUUAACUGAGCCUUGUAUUGAAACUGGAAGGGAAAAAAAUGGUAAAGGGCGAGCUAAAUUAGAUUUUUCACUCAGCUUGGCAAAAAAAGACGAGGCCCUAAUUCAGACUGAGGCUUUGCUCUGCCUAUAAGAUUAAUAACAUUCAAUGUGCACCGUUGAAUAUUCUGUUCUUUCCCUCAGAGAAAUGCAAGAAGUUCCUUCAAGAGUUUUACAGUGAGGAUGACAAUGGAAAGAAGGUGUUCAAAUAUGGAGCUCAGCUUGUGAGUAUGGAACUGACUUUCAUGACCCUGUUCUGUCUGUAAUAUGUCACGCCAGUCUUCAAGUCAUUUGCAAUUGAAAAUCAAUGAUCUAAUAUGAGAAAUGGUUCUAAACCAUGAUGCUGUUGAUUGGUAAAGUAUAAUGGAUUAAGUAUUCAAAGUUAAAAACAAAUCGUCAAUGUAAGUGUCGGGGCGAGCCUGGAGGCCGCAAUCUUCCUCCCCUGCCCCAACACACUGAAUGGUUGAGUGAACAAAGUAGUGACUUAUUUCAGUAGGUAAAUAUUUACCAAUGUAUUUUAUUUUCGUAUUGAAAUCCAGGAAGUAGAUUAAUGUGCACCAUGAGUCGGGAUCUGGGUCUGACGACUUUAUGGGUAAUGGAAAAAGGAAUUGCAUCAUGAAGCAAAAUUUAAAAACAAAACAGCAGGACAGGACAACUUUACUGUGAAAGUAGCAAGCCAAAAGCAUCAGGAGCUAGUUCGGCGAAUGGCAAACAAAUAACGUUAUAAAUUGCUACAGGUGUUGGCAACUUCAGAUUUUAUUGGUCAAAUACACAUAUUUAGCAGAUGUUAUUGCGGGUGUAGCGAAAUACUUGUGUUCCUAGCUCCAACGGUGCAGUAGUAUCUAACAAUUCACAACCAUACACACAUCUCAAAGUAAAGGAAUUAAAUUAAGAAAUAUAAAAAUAUUAGCACGAGCAAUGUCGGAAUGGCAUUGACUAGAAUACAGUAUACACAUAUGACAUGAGUAAAACCGUAUGUAAAUGUUAUUAAAGUGUCAAUUGCUCCAUUAUUAAAGUGACCAGUGAUUCCAUGUCUAUGUACAUAGGGCAGCAGCCUCUAAGGUGCAGGAUUGAGUAACAGGCUAGUGACAGUGGUUAGUUUCAGGGGAGGGUACUGGGUGGAGGCCGGUUAGUGAUGGCUAUUUAACAGUCUGAUGGCUUUGAGAUAGAAGCUGUUUUUCAGUCUCUCGGUCCCAGCUUUGAUGCACCUGUACUGACUUCGCCUUCUGGAUGACAGUGGGGUGAACAGGCCGUGGCUCGGGUGGUUGAAGUCUUUGAUCUUUUUGGCCGUCGUGUGACAUUGGGUGCUGUAGGUGUCCUGGAGGGCAGGUAGUGUGCCCCCAGUGAUGCGUUGGCCAGACCUCACCACCCUCUGGAGAGCCCUGCGAUUGCGGGCUUUGCAGUUGUUGUACCAGGUGGUGAUACAGCCCGACAGGAUGCUCUCAAUGGUGCAUUUGUAAAUGUUUGUGAAGUUCUUAAGGGGCAAGCUGAAAUUCUUCAGUCUCCUGAGGUUGACGAGGCACUGUGUGGGUGGAGCAUUUCAGAUUGUCGGUGAUGUGAACGCAGAGGAACUUGAAGCUUUUCACCUUCUCCACUGAGGUCCAAUGGAUGGGGGCAUGCUCCCUCUGCUGUCUCCUGUAGUCCACGAUCAGCUCCUUCAUUUUGUUGACAUUGAGGGAGAGGUUAUUUUCCUGGCACCACUCCGCCAGGGCCCUCACUCCCUGUAGGCUGUCUCAUCAUUGUUGGUAAUCAGGCCUACUACUGUGGGUACAAACAAAGCAUCCAAUUCGGGAAAGUUGAAUUUCUGGUCAGAAUGCUGGUGAGUUACCGCCGCUCUGAUAUCCAAAAUAUAUUGGGUAUCAGUUGCUUAGGAGCUAGAAGCAGAGCUGCCAUGUCUGUCGGUUCCAUCUUACCUUUCUUCGAAUGGUUGUCAAGCGGUCCUAAAGUGAUCACUGCACACGGACUACUGCAGCUAGUGAAUCACUUCAUGCUUUGUAUUGAGAACAUAAUCAGGAUCAGACACACAGCUCUAUCGCGGACAGGAAAAGAGUGAAAAUGCGCACUGUAUUUGUGUCUGACAGGGACAUUAUUGCACCUGGGUACAAUGCACCUGAUUUUAGCCAGAUAUUCUGCCUACUUCCCUUAAGUUACUCAGCUACUCAAGUACUAUUUGUCUACUGCUUUACUUCAGAGAUUGGAAACCACUACUUACCGCUAGCCUAGCUAAUAGCUACCAUCUCUUUGUUUACUUCCUGACUUCAUUUCCUGAAGACCAAUAGUAAGAUGCUCCUUCAUCCCACCUCCUGUAAUUAUCAAUCUUAGAACCACGAAAGAGUAUCAACGGAUUAGACUACAUGGAAGACCUUUGCGCUUGCACGAAGGAGGUCUUUGUUUUUUAUACUUUUUUACAUUAAAUACCACAUUUAUUUGGCAAUUCAAUGCCGAGACACAAAUUGUUGUUAAUGUAACUAAAUACCGUUUUUAAUGCAUUUUAGGUAAUUUCGUAAAUGUGGCAUUUUGAUAUAUAAAUACAGAAAUCUAAACUGUUUGGGGUACUGACAAAUGUCCAGGCAAGGGUUAUAAAGGGCCCAGAAGUGUUUUUGGGUGAACCGCCCCCUUUACUAGGGCAUUGGGCCACCACAAGCCACAACAGCUUGAAUGCACCUUGGCAAAGAUUCUAUAAGUGUCCGGAGCUCUAUCGGAGGGAUGUGACACCAUUCUUCCACAAUAAAUCCCAUCAGUUGGUGUUUUGGUGGUGGAAAACACUGUCUCGGGCGCCGAUCCAGAAUCUCUCCCAUAAGUGUUCAAUUGGGUUGAGAUCUGGUGACUGAGACGGCCAUGGCAUAUGGUUUACAUCGUUUUCAUCCUCAUUAAACCAUUCAGUGCCCUGUGGAUGGGGGUUAAUUGCUUAAAUAACUCAGGAGCCACGCCUGUGUGAAUGCACCUGCUUUCAAUAUACUUUGUAUCCCUCAUUUACUCAAGUGUGUUCUUUAUUUUGGCAGUUAACUGUACAUUGCAGUAUUUUGACAUGAGCAGGAACUUUUGUCGUUGUUUGCAGGAAAGGGCCAUGCAGAAUCAAUGCUAAGCAACAAAUGUAAAUAUUCUGUGUCCCUGAUGGAAGCCCUGUUGUGUCUGUAGGUUGCCCUGUCCCACAGGGAGCAGGUGGCUUUGCAGGUGGACCUGGAUGAUGUGGCCGAGGAGGACCCCGAGUUGGUGGAGAGCAUCUGUGAGAAUGCCAAGCGCUACAUGGGCCUGUUCGCCAAUGCGGUCCACGAGCUUCUGCCAGAGUACCGCGAGAGAGAGGUAUUUUAGCUAUGUUAAUAGAAACACACAUUUAAGACCUAAUCUGGCCUGCUUGACUGGAUAUUGAUUUGGAUAUGGCAGUUGCUAAUAGAGGGGGGGGGGGGGUCUGACAGUGUGCAUAGUGUACCACCCAUUGAGCUAUAAAAGAGAGGCGCGAACAUAUAUUCUCCCUGUGUGAUCACUAAAUAAUGGUGUAUGUUUCUCAUAUUGAAAUUAAUGACUGAGCACAGAAUGCAUCCCUACACAUCCUAGAAAUAGAAUAUUAAACUGAGUUCAGAGUGUGAUGUCAGAUGUCAUAUCGGAAUGAGUGAUAUCAAGUGUGACCGCUGUGAAGAGCCAGCCACAUCCCCUAACCAGCCAUUAGCCUACUCAGCAGCUUCUCUGUCUGUUCUUUCUGCGCAUCUCCGUCAGUUUUUAAAAUGUUAUUUAGCCGUGAUGGUGAGCUGAGGUGUGCAGACAGUGAUGCGGUUUCUGUUACAUUUGUUUAAUUAUUGGUGCGGCACGCAGCGUGAGGGAAGUGGAUAUGUAUGUUUUCAUUCUGCCUGUAAGAACAAGCAGGCCAGUCUGAUGAGGAUUCGCUGUCACGCAGCCUCUUGAGUGCCACUGCCAUAGAGGAGAAACGGAUCACAGUGACAGUAGGGCUGUGACAAUACCAGUAUCGCAAUAUUUUUUCCGGUGGCAAAAAUGAAAACGGGAAGCAGACUAAAUUCUUUGGUCCUUUAAAAAAACCUACUGUAAAAUAUUGUGCUGUAGCUUGGAAAAUACAUGAACGUGACUGGAUGACAACAUAAUGAUAAAGUUAAAUACACUUUGUGUUUUGUUUCCUUGCGCCUGCUUGCGCCUUCACAUGACUGAACUGAGUUUCUAGUCCAAAAGUUUUUCUUAAAAGUUAUGCCCCAUAUUACCGGCGCCUUUCUACCACUAAUUGGCGCACAUGUAAUAUAAUUUUAUAAACCAUGUCGUGGGGCGUUUUUAAACUACUCGCAGGCCGCAGGUUUUUGGUUUGAUAACGAACAUCCUUGUUUAGUCAUGUUACCUGGCUAGCUAGCUAACAACAUGGUAUCUUGGCUAUGCACACAUUUGGAUGGCACAGAACAAACUUAAAAAAGGGAUGGAUAGCCUACUCAUAGAGAUUCUUCAAAGGUGUGAUGCAUAUGCCUAAUCAAUGUAAUUCUAAGCUUAAUUAAAAGUAUACCCAUAACAUGAUGCAGCCACCACCAAGCUUGAAAAUAUGAAGUGGUACUCAGUGAUGCUUUGUAUUCAGGACAUAAAGUCAUUUUUUUUGCCACACUUUUUCCGUUUUACUUUAGUGCCUUAUUGCAAACUGGAUAUAUGUUUUUUCUGUACAGGCUUCCUUUUCACUCAUUUAUUGUGGAGUAACUACAAUGUUGACCCAUCUUCAUUAUAAUUUAUAUUUUACCUGGUAAGUUGACUGAGAACACAUUCUCAUUUACAGCAAUGACCUGGGGAAUAGUUAAAGGGGAGAGGAAGGGGGAUGAAUGAGCCAAUUGGAUGCUGGGGAUGAUUAGGUGGCCAUGAUGGUAUGAGGGCCAGAUUGGGAAUUUAGCCAGGGCUUGUGUUAACACCCCUUCUCUUACGAUAUGUGCCAUGGGCUCUUUAGUGACAACAGAGAGUCAGGACACCCGUUUUAACGUCUCAUUCGAAAGACAGCACCCUACACAGGGCAAUGUCCCCAAUCACUGCCCUGGGGCAUUGGGAUAUUAUACUUUUUAGACCAGAGGAAAGAUUGCCUCCUAUUGGCCCUCCAACACCACUUCCAGCAGCAUCUGGUCUCCCAACCAGGACCAACCCUGCUUAGCUUCAGAGGCAAGCCAGCAGUGUGAUACAAGUGGUAUGCUGCUGGCUAAGUUCUCCUAUCACAGCCAUUAAACUCUGUAGCUGUUAAAGUCACCCUUGGCCUUCCUUCCUCUCCAGCAAAUGAGUUAGGAAGGACGCCUGUAUCUUUGUAGUGACUGGGAAGAGCAGAGCAGAGCAAACCCUGUGAUAAUACUGUGAUACUUGGCCUGUUAUCACAUCGUUAGUAGAAUGUUGGUAUUGUGACAACCCCACUCUGAAAAUAGGCACAUUUUUCUUGCACUUUACAGAAUUUUGGUGUGUUUCCGUGCAUUAAAAAAGUAUACUUUUUGGGCCCCUCGCCAGUUUGCAUCCCUGGGAUGAAGUUAUCGGUAAAACAUUGAGUCUGAGACUAACUGCCCCGGGACCUGUCAAUACCUGUCUCAUCUUUCACGCAGGUGGUGGCCAAGGAUUCCCUGGAUGUGUACAUUGAGCAUAGGCUGAUGAUGGAGCAGAGAGGUCACGACACCGCAGACACGAGGGACCCUCACAACCAGUACCCAGCAGAGCUCAUGAGGAGAUUGUAAGUUCACUUAGCUAGCAUGUUUGUCAUUGUCUCUGAGUUAGAACUGGGCAUGAACCUGGAUGAAUUGCUUACUAAGACCAAGGAGCUGAUCGUGGACUACUGGAAAUGGGGGGGGGGGGGUGAACAUCGACAGGGCCGCAGUGGAGAGGUCAAGAGCUUCAAGUUCCUCGGUGUCCACACCACUUAGGACUUAACUCUUCUCCCUGGCAUGACCCCUCAAAUCCUCAUGAAGUUCUACAGCUGCACCCUUGCGAGCACCCUGACUGGUUGUGAUACUGUCUGGUAUGGCAACUGCACCGCCCGCGACCGGAAGGCCCUACAGAGGGUGGUGCGGACGGCCCAGCGCAAGCUCCCAGCCAUGCCAGGCGGUGUCUGAGAAGGGCCCAAUAAAUUGCCCAAACCACCCACACGCCCUUACCAACUCGCUUGGAGGGCCUUCCGUUAUAACGCGUUGCUGACGAAACUCCAAGGGUGACUUCGAGAGUGGCGAGGUUAUCAAUAAACACAAUAACUUCGGGACACAAUGAUGCAAUGCAAGUUCCACUUUUUAAAUAAUAAAACAAGCAUGAAAUUCUGUUUUACAAGAUAAAUCUCUGUAACAGUUAAACCUUUUAAUUUUGGAGGUAUUUCAUCUUUUACUUGUGUUCAAGUUUAGAAAUCAGACAAACAAAUGCUUGUGGCAUAUUAGGCAGUCUUCUCCAUUAUUUUGUGUGAAAUUGCACAAACUCAAAUAACUAUUUUAUGGGAUUCCACUUCGCUCUGAACACGGCAGUGUUGCUGGCUCGGUAGAAGUGGCUAUCGGAGGGUUUAAUUAGCCCCUACACCCUCCAUAAUUUUACCUCCCUCCGCUUUGGGACACUUAUGCAUGUGGCGGACUAUCCACACUGACUCUAUGCCCAUCCGCAGGUCUACCCACUCAGACACAACCUACGCUGCUGCUAAAAUUACUAUUUAUAAGAUUUAUUACUCCAUUACGCUACUGUCCAUUUGAUUACCAUUAGUAUUUAUAUACACUGCUCAAAAAAAUAAAGGGAACACACAAUGUAAGUCAAUCACACUUCUGUGAAAUCAAUACAUUUCACAUGCUGUUGUGCAAAUGGAAUAGACAACAGGUGGAAAUUAUAGGCAAUUAGCAAGACACCCCCAAUAAAGGACUGGUUUUGCAGGUGGUGACCACAGACCACUUCUCAGUUCCUAUGCUUCCUGGCUGUUUUGGUCACUUUUGAAUGCUGGCGGUGCUUUCACUCUAGUGGUAGCAUGAGAUUGAGUCUACAACCCACACAAGUGGCUCAGGUAGUGCAGCUCAUCCAGGAUGGCACAUCAAUGCGAGCUGUGGCAAGAAGGUUUGCUGUGUCUGUCAGCGUAGUGUCCAGAGCAUGGAGGCGCUACCAAGAGACAGGCCAGUACAUCAGGAGACGUGGAGGAGGCCAUAGGAGGGCAACAACCCAGCAGCAGGACUGCUACCUCCGCCUUUGUGCAAGGAGGAGCAGGAGGAGCACUGCAAAAUGACCUCCAGCAGGCCACAAAUGUGCAUGUGUCUGCUCAAACGGUCAGAAACAGACUCCAUGAGGGUGGUAUGAGGGCCCGACGUCCACAGGUGGGUGUUGAGCUUACAGCCCAACUCCGUGCAGGACGUUUGGCAUUUGCCAGAGAACACCAAGAUUGGCAAAUUCGCCACUGGCGCUCUGUGCUCUUCACAGAUGAAAGCAGGUUCACACUGAGCACGUGACAGACGUGACAGAGUCUGGAGACGCCGUGGAGAACGUUCUGCUGCCUGCAACAUCCUCCAGCAUGACCAGUUUGGCGGUGGGUCAGUCAUGGUGUGGGGUGACAUUUCUUUGGGGGGCCGCACAGCCCUCCAUGUGCUCGCCAGAGGUAGCCUGACUGCCAUUAGGUACCGAGAUGAGAUCCUCAGACCCCUUGUGAGACCAUAUGCUGGUGCGGUUGGCCCUGGGUUCCUCCUAAUGCAAGACAAUGCUAGACCUCAUGUGGCUGGAGUGUGUCAGCAGUUCCUGCAAGAGGAAGGCAUUGAUGCUAUGGACUGGCCCGCCCGUUCCCCAGACCUGAUCCAAUUGAGCACAUCUGGGACAUCGUCUCGCUCCAUCCACCAACGCCACGUUGCACCACAGACUGUCCAGGAGUUGGCGGAUGCUUUAGUCCAGGUCUGGGAGGAGAUCCCUCAGGAGACCAUCCGCCACCUCAUUAGGAGCAUGCCCAGGCAUUGUAGGGAGGUCAUACAGGCACGUGGAGGACACACACACUACUGAGCCUCAUUUUGACUUGUUUUAAGGACAUUACAUCAAAGUUGGAUCAGCCUGUAGUGUGGUUUUCCACUUUAAUUUUGAGGGUGACUCCAAAUCCAGACCUCCAUGGGUUGAUAAAUUUGAUUUCCAUUGAUAAUUUUUGUGUGAUUUUGUUGUCAGCACAUUCAACUAUGUCAAGAGAAAAUUAUUUUAAUAAGAUUAUUUCAUUCAUUCAGAUCUAGGAUGUGUUAUUUUAGUGUUCCCUUAAUUUUUUUGAGCAGUGUAUUUAUCCAGCUACUGGUCACUUACUCCUGUUUACAUGUGUAUAUUACCAUGAGUAUUUAUAUAUUCCUGCUACCAGUCUCUUUUCAGCCCUGUUUACAUGUACAGUGUACAGUACCAGUCAAAAGUUUGGAUACACCUAUUCAUUCCAGGGUUUUUCUUUAUUUUACUAUUUUCUACAUUGUAGAAUAAUAGUGAAGACAUCAAAACUAUGAAAUAACACACAUGGAAUCAUGUAGUAACCAAAAAAGAGUUAAACAAAUCAAAGAAAUAUUUUCGAUUCUUCAAAGUAGCCACCCUUUGCCUUGAUGACAGCUUUGCACACUCCUGGCAUUCUCUCAACCAGCUUCAUGAAGUAGUCACCUGGAAUGCAUUUCAAUUAACAGGUGUGCCUAAAGUUAAUUUGUGGAAUUUCUUUUUUUCCUUAGUGCGUUUGAGCCAAUCAGUUGUGUUGUGACAAGGUAGAGGUGGUAUACAGAAGAUAGCCCUAUUUGGUUAAAGGCCAAGUCCAUAUUGUUGCAAGAACAGCUCAAAUAAGCAAAGAGAAAUGACAGUCCAUCAUUACUUUAAGACAUGAAGGUCAGUCAAUACGGAAUGUUUCUUCAAGUGCAGUCGCAAAAACCAUCAAGCGUUAUGAUGAAACUGGCUCUCAUGAGGACCGCCAUAGGAAAGGAAGACCCAGAGUUACCUCUGCUGCAGAGGAUAAGUUCAUUAGAGUUAACUGCACCUCAGAUUGCAGCCCAAAUAAAUGCUUCAAAGAGUUCAAGUAAGACACAUCUCAACAUCACUGUUUCGAGGUGACUGUGAAUCAGGCCAUCAUGGUCGAAAUGCUGCAAAGAAACCACUACUAAAGGACACCAAUAAUAAGAACUUGCUUGGGCCAAGAAACACGAGCAAUGGACAUUAGACCGGUGGAGAUCUGUCCUUUGGUUUGAUGAGUCCAAAUUUGAGAUUUUUGGUUCCAACCGCUGUGUCUUUGUGAGACGCAGAGUAGGUGAAUGGAUUAUCUCUCCAUGUGUGGUUCCCACUGUGAAGCAUGGAGGAGGUGGUGUGGCGGUGCUUUGCUGGUGACAUUGUCUGUGAUUUAUUUAGAAUUUGAGGCACGCUUAACCAGCAUUUGCUACCACAGCAUUCUGCAGCGAUACGCCAUCCCAUCUGGUUUGCGCUUAGUCCCACUCAUUUGUUUUUCAACAGGACAAUGACCCAAAUAAUACCUCCAGGCUGUGUAAGGGCUAUUUGACCAAGAAGGAGAGUGAUGGAGUGCUGCAUCAGAUGACCUGUAGCCUCUUGUAGCUCAGUUGGUAGCGCAUGGCACUUGCAACGCCAGGGUUGUGGGUUCGAUUCCCACGGGGGGCCAGAAUGAAAAAUGUAUGCACUCACUAACUGUAAGUUGCUCUGGAUAAGAGCGUCUGCUAAAUGACUAAAAUGUAAAAUGAUGACCUGGCCUCCACAAUCACCCGACCUCAACCCAAUUGGGUUGAGUUGGACCGCAGAGUGAAGGAAAAGCAGCCAACAAGUGCUCAGCAUAUGUGGGAACUCCUUCAAGCAUUUCAGGUGACUUCCUCAUGAAGCUGGUUGAGAGAAUGCCAAGAGUGCAAAGCUGUCAUCGAGGCAAAGGGUGGCUACUUUGAAGAAUCUCAAAUGUAAAAUAUAUUUUGAUUUGUUUAACACUUUUUUGGUUACUACAUGAUUCCAUAUGUGUUAUUUUAUAGUUUUGAGGUAUUCACUAUAAUUCUACAAUGUAGAAAAUAGUAAAUAUAAAGAAAAACCCUUGAAUGAGUAGGUGUGUCCCAAAUUUUGCUGGUACUGUAUAAACCCACCUCAACCGCUCCAGUACCCCUGCACAUUGAACUGACCUGUAUAUACUUGCCUUCUUGUUUUUCAGUCUCAUUGUAGUUCUUGUGGUUUUAAUUUUGUUUUCUAUUAUCUAAAUUAUAAAUUAGCACUGCAUUGUUGGGAAAGAGCUAUCAAGAUAAUUUCACUGUACUGUUUUAUACCUGUUCUGUCCUGUACACGUGGCGAAUAAACGAGUGUGUGUAUAUAUUCUUAUUUGGACUGGAUGCAUGUUCUACUAAAUAUGAGUUACAAGCCAUAGCCAGCUCAUGACUGCUGAUUUUACGUAUUUAGGAGGCAAGGAAUAACAAUUAUGGCAUCCCCUCUGAGACAGAUCCUUUCUCUAACAGCGAGCUGUACUUCAAACCGCCCAGCACUGCCAAACCCAAAGUGGUCCGUGAUGUCCGAGCAGACAGCAUUGGUCAGUUGGUGACAGUUAGGGGCAUUGUCACCCGUGCCACUGAGGUCAAACCCAUGAUGGCAGUCGCCACUUACACCUGUGACCAGUGUGGCGCAGAGACAUACCAGCCGGUAAGCGAUUGGCAUUCUGUUGUUGUUUUAUUGCAUGAACCAGUCAAGAAAACUUGAUAAACUAUAUAAGAAAAUAAAUGGAAAGAAUUUACUAGAUCUCACAGGAGGGCUGGGUAAAUAAAUUCAACAUUCGGUCCGGUACAGAAACAUUUAAGAUCUCUCGGUUCCUUGUGCUAACCCAGACACCUCUCCCUGUCUUAUCAGAUCCAAUCCCCCACCUUCAUGCCCCUCAUCAUGUGUCCCAGUCAAGAGUGUGUCACCAACAAGUCCGGCGGCCGGCUCUACCUGCAGAGCCGAGGCUCAAAGUUUGUCAAGUUCCAGGAGCUGCGCAUACAGGAACACGUAAGGACCUUUUGUCUAACCCUUGGGGGUGGCAGGUAGCUUAGUGGUUAAGAGUGUUGUGCCAGAAACCGAAAGGUCGCUGGUUCUAAUCCCCGAGCCCUGGAUAAGAGCGUCUGCUAAAUGACUAAUUAUAAUUAUAUAAAGAAUCUGAAACACAGCAACACAUUCAAUUCACAUAGCUCUCUGGCAGAAGUUGAAGGCAAAUAAACAAGCACAAGUCAGACUAAUGCAUUUGCACUGGUUUGAAAGCUGUAACCCUUGCCUGUGCCUCAUCUAUUUCCAGAGUGACCAGGUUCCUGUGGGGAACAUCCCCAGGAGCAUGACCAUCUACGCCCGCGGGGAGAAUACGCGCGUGGCCCAACCCGGAGACCAUGUGGCUAUUGCUGGUGUCUUCCUCCCUUUGCUGCGCACUGGCUUCAGACAGGCUGUCCAGGUGAGUGCACUCAAACACAUUACAAAGUUGCCUUAAACCUUAUUGAGAAUUAUCCUAAAGUUGAGCAACAUAAAAUAAGUUGGCGAAAAAUGGUACAAUCUGCCUUACUCCAUACCCAUGACUUGGCUGAGAUGUAAAGGAAGACUUGUUCAGGCUAGAACGGCCCAUUCGGCCUGAGACAACUUGAUGUACAAGUACAUCCCCUGAACCAGGAGGCUAGUUGGCUGGCUGAGAGAUGCUGCUGUUGUAAUGUGACUGUCACUCCCUCUCAGGGUCUGCUUUCAGAAACGUACCUGGAGUCCCACAGCAUCACACUGAUGAACAAGACAGAGGAUGACGAGCUGGGCACAGCAGAGCUGAGCGGGGAAGAGCUGCGCCAGAUCACAGGUAUGUGCGUGCAUGCCUGACUGUUUUGAAAUCACCCCUAGGUUCUCAAACCUUUCAGUGAUCACAGGUCUGAAGGAACCAGAUUGAUGUUGGCAGUAUUAUGGAAGCUUCACUGCAUGGUGCUUGCAUGUAUCCUGUCCUUUUGGAUCUGUGAACAGAAUGUUAAGGGAGUGCGUUUUUUUUAACCAUUCUCGUAUUGUUUAUCCAAGAGGAUGUGUCGACGCGAAUGGACUGUGUAACUGAAUAGUUUGGUUAAUGCGCUUAUCUCUCUUACUUGCAGAGGAAGAUUUCUACGAGAAGCUUGCGGGCUCUAUCGCCCCUGAGAUUUUUGGCCAUGAAGAUGUAAAGAAGGCUCUCCUGCUGCUGUUGGUUGGAGGAGUGCAGCAGGCCCCCAAAGGCAUGAAGAUCAGAGGUGAGCGCAAUAAAACUUCCACUGCCCUGCAACAUUGUCCAUUAGAAUAGCUGCUUUGGCUUUCAUUUGAAUUAACUGGAGUUUGGGGAUGUUUAACUUAUGACCCGGUUUGGCUCCUUCCAGGCAACAUAAACAUCUGUCUGAUGGGAGACCCAGGAGUAGCCAAGUCCCAGCUGCUGUCUUACAUCGACCGCCUGGCUGCUCGCAGUAAGUACAAUCUCCUGGAACUGUCUAAAAUAUUUAUUCUCCAUGUAUCCUCCUUCAUUUGCACUGAUCCCAUGUCGCAAGACUGGUAUUAGCAACAGGCUAAAUGGCCUACUGGAAAUUGACUAAAAGCCUUGCACCAUUUCCGCACAGUUGUUGAAUUAAUAGGGACAUGAACCAAAUAUAGUCAAUGAAAAGGUUUAAGGAGUAACAUGGGUAGCCGGGAUCCCGGGACUGUCCCGGAACUCUUCCCUAUAUAUAUUUUUUGGGGUGGUUGUUGUGAAAUUACAAAACAUUUAUCCAAUGUCAGCACUAAUGCAAUUCCACAAAAUACACAACAUGCGCAGCAGCAGAUUAGCAAAAAAAUUAAUUGCACCUCAUCCAAACAGGUUGUUGCAUGGAAGCCUUUAGCCUAGUGUAUUUACUUCACACUGCCGGACUGCACACGCGACCCGAAUGCAGUUAAUAAACAUUACAGGAAACCGCUACACUAUAACCUAUAAACAAUUCAGAGGCAUGAAGGGAACAUUCUAUCAUCUCCUGUCCUACAGCGUAGGAGAUUGUCCUAUCCCAAUCCCACUGAAACCCAAAAUCCUGACUCCUGUCUCGCAUGAAAAUUCAUAACUUUAUUCUGUAAUCCAUAGGUUGCAUUAUCAACGCACGUCUCUGCCUAUGCAUGUCAAAAUACCGCUAUAACAUUUAUGCACUGUCUCUUACUUGCUGGCCAAAUGAAAUGUGUUUGGUCGCAUACACAUAUUUAGCAGAUGUUAUUGUGGGUGUAGCGAAAUGCUUGUGUUCUUAGGUCCGCCAGUGCAGUAAUUUCUAACAAUACACACAUCUAAAAGUAAAAUAAUGGAAUAAUUUUUUUAAAUAAAUGUUAGGACGAGCAAUGUUGGAGUCUGGAAUCAGUGUGUGUAUCUCUGUAUACGUGUGUGUGUGUGUGUGUGUGUGUGUUUUUAUAUGCAUACAGUACCAGUCAAAAGUUUGGACACACUUACUAAUUCCAGGAUUUUUCUAUAUUUUUACUAUUUUCUACAUUGUAGAAUAAUAGUGAAGACAAACUAUGAAAUAACACAUAUGGAAUCAUGUAGUAUAUUUGCGAUUUUUCAAAAAGCCGCCCUUUGCCUUGAUAACUGCUUUGCCCACUCUUGGCAUUCUCUCAACCAGCAUUGAAGGUCAUCAAGAACAGUGGCCUCCAUCAUUCUUAAAUGGAAGAAGUUUGGAACCACCAAGACUCUUCCUAGAGUUGGCCACCCGGCCAAACUGCACAAUUGUGAGCAAGAACCUGAUGUUCACUCUGACAGCUCCAGAGUUCCUCUGUGGAGAUGGGAGAACCUUCCAGAAGGGCAACCAUCUCUGCAGCACUCCACCAAUCAGGCCUUUAUGAUAGUGGCCAGACGGAAGCCACUUUUCAGUAAAGGCACAUGACAGCCCGCUUGGAGUAUGCCAAAAGGCACCUGAAUGCCAAGCGUCACGUCUGGAGGAAACCUGGCACCAUCCCUACGGCGAAGCGUGGUGGCGGCAGCAUCAUGCGGUGGGGAUGUUUUUCAGCGGCAUGGACUGGAAGACUAGUCAGGAUCGAGGGAAAAAUGAAUGGAGCAAAGUACAGAGAGAUCCUUGAUGAAAACCUGCUCCAGGCGAAGGUUCACCUUCCAACAGGACAACAACCCUAAGCACACAGGCAAGACAACACAGGUGUGGCUUCGGGACAGACUCUGAAUGUCCUUGAGUGGCCCAGCCAGAGCCCGGACUUGAACCCGAUCAAACAUCUCUGGAGAGACCUGAAAAUAGCUGUGCAGUGACGCUCCCCAUCCAACCAGACAGAGUUUGAGAAGAUUUGCAGAGAAGAAUGGGAGAAACUUGUAGCGUCAUACCCAAGAAGACGCGAUGCUGUAAUCACUGCCAAAGGUGCAUCAACAAAGUACUGAGUAAAGGGUCUGAAUACUUAUGUAAAUGUGAUAUUUCAGUUUUUGCUUUCUUUAUGGGGUAUUGUGUGUAGAUUGAGGAUUUAAAUUUUUCAUCCGUUUUAGAAUAACGCUGUAACGUAACAAAAUGUGGAACAAGUCAAGGGGUCUGAAUACUCUCCAAAUACUCUGUGUGUGUGUGAUGUAUAGACAUUAUGGACAGUAUGUUUAGUAUAUCUGUAGGAUAGAGUAUAUACAGCAAUAGUUUAAUUGGAUGGCAUUGAUUAGAAUACAGUAUAUACAUAUGAAAUGAGUAAAACCGUAUGUAAACAUUAUUCAAGUGACCAGUGAUUCUAUGUACAUAGGGCAGCAGCCUCUAAGGUACAGGAUUGUGUAACCGGGUGGUAGCCAGCUAGUGACAGUGACUAAGUUCAGGGCGGGGGGGCCGGCUAAUGAUGGUUAUUUAACAGUCUGGCUUUGAGAUAGAAGCUGUUUUUCAGUCUCGGUCCCAGCUUUGAUGCACCUGUACAUACCUCGCCUUCUGGAUGAUAGCAGGGUGAACAGGCCGAACAGGUCAUUUAAUUUUUGUUUGACUGCCACUAAUGCUAUGCUCUGUGCGUCCUGAGCGCAUUCUGUGUCGAGAUGGCCUUACUGCUGAAUUAAUUGAGGAACAUGAGAACGCUCUGAAUUUAUGAACGGGCUGUUUCGCAGCUCACAACGUCAUUGGCGAUCAAAGGGUAGUUACUCUAUCAUUACUAAAUAUCACUUUCAUUUGCUCUGAAAUCUUUACGUAGUGGCGUCGACAAGGUGGCGUGGCGCCCCUAGCCAUAUCUUGAAUUUAAACGCUUUAAAUGGGCACUUCUGAUUUUUGCGGUAUUUCCAAGGACUGUCUGGAUAAAUACGAAAUUGAAACUUGGUAGAUUUCUUUUGACAAUAUUGAUCCCUAGAGGUCCUCACUCGUGUUCAAGUAAAUAAAGGAAUGAAGAUGAUUCUAUUUUGGCUCCUGCCACUAUUAUCAGCCAUGACCAUACCUCCCUGACCCCCUCCAGGCCAGUAUACAACGGGCAGAGGAUCCUCUGGCGUGGGACUGACGGCAGCUGUGAUGCGUGACCCCCUCACCGGGGAGAUGACCCUGGAGGGCGGAGCCCUGGUUCUGGCCGACCAGGGUGUCUGCUGUAUUGACGAGUUUGACAAGAUGGCCGACGCCGACCGCACAGCCAUCCACGAGGUGAUGGAGCAGCAGACCAUCUCCAUCGCCAAGGUGUGCUUUCUCCUCAUUCACAGCCACAUGUCUGGCAGUAGCUCUGGAAACAAAAACGAACACUUUUUUUAUUUUUUUUGUUUUUUUAUGUAAGGCUAUUCAUGAAUUUCAACUGGUUUUAUAAAUAAAUAAUAAUAUGCAAUUUAGCAGACGCUUUUAUCCAAAGCGACUUAGUCAUGUGCGCAUAAAUGUUUACGUAUGGUGGUCCCGGGGAUCGAACCCACUACCCUGGCGUUACAAGCGCCAUGCUCUACCAAUUGAGCUACAGCAGACCAGACAAGAUUUUCUACCUGUAUCCCUAUGACAAGGUGGAAAAUGACAGUCAAAACAGAGCUUUCCCCUGUUCAACGAUAAUGUGUGUGACUAACUCAUUCCCUUCCCAGGCGGGAAUCAUGACCUCCCUCAACGCCCGCUGCUCCAUCCUGGCGGCCGCUAACCCUGCUUACGGCCGCUACAACCCGCGCAAGACCAUUGAGCAGAACAUCCAGCUGCCGGCCGCCCUGCUCUCCCGUUUUGACCUGCUUUGGCUCAUCCAGGACAAGCCUGACACGGAGGCCGAUCUCCGACUGGCCCAGCACAUCACCUAUGUUCACCAGCACUGCCACCAGCCACCCACUCACUUUACCCCCAUCGAUAUGAAGCUCAUGAGGUCAGUUCACUGGUAACCCAGAGCCAGGUGUAACAUGCACACCCCACGGCAACUUAUUGCAAACUUUGUGGUGCUGGAAAUAAAAUAAAGAAUUACUAUUUAGUCAUCAGUGAUUAGACAUUUCUCCCACAUGCAUUUUUAUUUUAUGUGACUAACUGUAUCAUCGCUCUCCAGGCGUUACAUCUCCCUGUGUACGAGGCGACAGCCCGUCAUCCCAGAGGCACUGGCUGAUUACAUCACGGCGGCCUACGUGGAGAUGAGGAAGGAGGCGCGUGUCAGCAAGGACUGCACCUUCACCUCCGCCCGUACACUCCUGUCUAUCCUCCGCCUAUCCACCGCCCUGGUGAGACUCACCCCAUCCUAACUACACACCCUUUCUACCCUGACUGGGUGCAUACUUAGAAUGAAGAGUGGAGCAAGACUGCAUGGAUUGGGGGGACAGUUGGUUGCAGCCCAGUGUGUGCUAAAGUGCUUACAGUGCAGGUAGUGGCAAUGCCCAGCCUACCUGCAGUGUGAGCACUUAUUUUACACGCUGGGCACUAGGCCCUGUGUCUACUCUCGCCCGCACUGACUCGCCUAUUGAAUCUGACUCCUUCAUGUCCAUUAAGACUGGAAUGUAAUGCUUCUCACUGUGUGGUCUCGUAGCGCCUGGGUGUCAAAAGUGCUGUUUGUGCAGGUAGCUGACUCAACCGCCCUACUGCAAAACCAGCACUUCGCGACACACCGGCUGUACUGUGCUACAUCUGGAUGGCCACAAGAGGGCAAAUCUCUGCCACGCCAUUGGGUGACCCUGUACCUACCUAGCUCUCAAACUCUAGGCGGCAUUCUGCCUUCUCCCUACAGUUUUCAGCUGUCAGCUUUGCCCACGACUGGCUCGUGUAAACUACAAUCCCGAUGCUUUGUUUUAACGUUUAGAAACGUUGAGCAUCGCUUGCGAUACGGCUUUCUAAACAUAUAGCACUUCUCUUUCAUCUGCGAGAAUCAUUCAAAUAAAAAAAAAGAUAGCUACACUUACUGUUUUGCACAAAUCCAUACAGCUAUGGGUGCCUCCAUCUGACAACUACACUUCCGCUACAUUUCCAGCCCGCUCUAUAGCAAAUUAGCACAGGUGGUCGCCUCUUGUCUUCCGUCUGUUUUCUGUGAACAAGCGCUGUAACAUGGCGAUAUGACCAUGUGAGAACACUAACCCUAUAAAGGUGUGUAUCAAUUGAACAUUUUGUUUUUUGAAAAUGGUUUAUUGCUGACAUGAAAAAUAAACAUGUUUUAUGCUUCCAAAACCGUACUGCAAGCGGCAGGUGUUGAUGUUCAGACCGAGUGUCGGGGCCCUUAACAAAACUCCCCCGUACAGAUGACUACUUUGUCCAAUGACUUGUGUGUAAUGAUCAACGGCUAGUACCUACCCAACUGCUGUCAAAGGUUUCUUCCAUGCCCUUUAUGGAGUGUUUGUGUUGAUUUUAUUAAUAUUGUCAUAAUUGUACUCCAGUAUGUUUUACUGUGGCUUUAUCCCAAUCCAGCUGUGUUAAUAUGUACGUUUUUGUGUCUAGUCCCAGUCAGCUUUGCAGGGUAGGCAGUCAGCCUGUGUUUGUAGGAGCAGCUGUGCAAACCCAUGCAAAACUGACUGUGACUGGAACUAGUCGUCGCUCACUACCUGAACGCUUCCUAUAAUACAACCAUCACUGUAUUAACGUUGCCUAUUGUGUCAAUUUUGAUUGUCAAGCCUCAUCCAUUGGGAGAGACUAGCUGGUGUUGAGAGGCGGAGACUUGGGCAAUUGUCGGCCAUUCCAGAGGGCAUUGCACUUGUCUCGGUCUGACAGUGCCGGCACAGCGCAACCUACGAUGUCUGAUCGACUCUUAACAGUUUAAUAUUGCAUGUAUUUUUGGUAUGUGCUCUGAGCUUUAGCCUAUGUACCUGCCUGACCUGUGGUCUCUCCCUCACCCCCACCCCCACAGGCCCGUCUGCGGCUGGUGGACGUGGUGGAGAAAGAGGACGUGAACGAGGCGAUGAGGCUCAUGGAAAUGUCCAAGGACUCCCUGCAGGCUGACAAGUCCAGCACCACCAGGUCAGCUACUCUCCGCUGCUGUGGGAAACUGCCAACAAGACAGUCCCCGAUGACACCGUUGUUAUGCUUUAAUAAGAUCUCUGACUGAAUGCCUAUGGUUGAGGUUUGGGUUAUAACAGAGUAAGGGGAUGACCUACUCUGAGAAUAGCUAUUCAGGAGCUACUGUAUAUUAAAAGUGGCUCCAUGGCCAGAGGGACGUUUUUUUUUUACGGCCUUAUCUGUUUACACAGCGUGUUAACUGGAGAAGACCUUAACGGCUGACAUGUCUACAGGUUUUAAGUGCUUCACCACACGCCCUAUUGACUUCAAAUGAUUUUUUCACAUACUACUGUGCCAGUCUACCUCGAGGGAUUCAAAGGAGUUGAUUGGAAAAUGUAAGCAUGUAGCACUGUAUGUUUUGGAAGCGGUAGGGCUGUAUGACCAAGUGCAUUUUAAGCAGAGUUUGGGUCAAUGCAAUUUCCUGUCAGUUUAAUUGGACAUGGAUUUGAUCCUGUCGGAUAGGCAUUCAGUUUCUGAACAGAUCAAUGUAGGCCUAAUUCAUGGGUUUGACCCCCACCCUGAUCUCAAAGUUCCACGACUUCAGACACUUAACCUUUUCCAUCACAUUGUUUUCCAGAGCCCAGCGGCCGGCGGACGUGAUCUUCUCCCUGCUGCGUGAGCUGGCCACGGAGGGUGUGAAGGGUCGUGGUGGGUCUUGGGGUCUGGUGCGCAUGGCGGAGGCCGAACAGCGGUGCGUUUCCCGUGGCUUCACCCCUGCCCAGUUCCAGGAGGCCCUGGACGAGUAUGAAGAGCUCAAUGUGUGGCAGGUCAACCAGGCCCGCACCCGCAUCACCUUCGUCUAAAGAGCUCUUUCACAGCCACAAGCCUCUUACACAAAACCAGGGAAUGGCUUGGCCUGUGAAGAGAUGGCUAAUGGGCUACUGACUACAAUGGGACCCCCUUAGUGCGUCCUCAUCUACACCAUCAUGACAGAAUUAAAUGCAAACAUGCAUAGUGGUUUUGCAACAGCGAAACGUUGCUAACUGUGGGGGUUUUGCUUACUUGGCUAUCAAGUGCUUUUAAAAAAUAUUAGAUGGCUGUUGUCAAAUAAAACUCUUUGUAAAUACAUUAUGUUCAUAA